AUGGAAGGCGGAAGGUGCUUCUGGCCACGAGGGAAAGCAGUAGGCGGCAGCAGUGUAAUAAACUACAUGAUAUAUACUCGCGGUAUUCCAACGGACUGGGACAGGAUUGCGGCUGAAGGAAAUUAUGGCUGGUCUUAUCAAGAAAUAUUGCCGUACUACCUGAAGUCAGAGCGCGCAAAUCUCAAAAGAUUACAAAAUUCACCCUGGCACGGUCGAGACGGAGAGCUAGCUGUAGAAUACGUGCCAUUUAGGUCCAAGUUAUCCAAAGCUUUCCUAGAUGCAGGAAAAUAUCUAGGUCAUCGCAGAGUAGACUAUAACAGUCCGGAUUAUUUCGGCUUCAGCUAUAUACAAGCAACCAUGUCCAAAGGUCACCGUUGGAGUAGCGCAAAAGCAUUCCUUCACAGCAAAAAGAAACGGAAAAACUUACAUAUUCUUCACAGCACUAGAGCUACUAAAGUCUUGAUCGACCCAGCAACAAAAACAGCAUAUGGAGUAGAAUUUCAGAGAAACGGGCGUGUAUACCAAAUAAAAGCAAAGAAAGAAGUCAUUCUGUCUGCUGGACCAAUUGAAUCUCCACAUUUAUUGAUGCUUUCUGGCAUCGGUCCAAAAGAACACUUAGAAUCUUUCGACAUACCAGUUGUGCAAGACUUGAGAGUAGGAGAAACAUUGUAUGACCACAUAACAUUUCCGGCAUUACCCUUCAUUUUAAACACUACUCGAUUGACUAUUAUUGAAAGAAGAGAAUCGACGAUUGAGAAUUUUGUAAAGUUCUCUCAAUAUGGAGACGGUCCUAUGUCAUCCUUAGCUGGUGUGGAAACAAUCGGUUACAUCAAAACUAAUGAAUCUGAUGAAUUGGGUGAUUUACCUGAUGUAGAGUUACUAGGAGGAUGUGCAUCUUUAGCUUCAGAUGAAGGAAAUAUUGUUGCUAAGGGAAUACAUUUAGCUGAUUGGCUGUAUAGAGACACUUUCAAACCACUUGAAAACCUUGAGAGCUUUUCAAUUCUAUUCAUGUUACUACAUCCUAAAUCUAAAGGACAUUUGAAAUUGAGAUCGAGAAACCCAUUUGAUUAUCCCAAACUUUACGGCAACUACUUGACGCAUCCGAAGGACGUAGCUACUGUAAUAGCAGCAAUACGGUAUAUAAUAAAGCUAGUCGAUACUCCUCCAUUCCAAAAAUAUGGAGCAAAGUUACAUACUAAGAAGUUUCCUAAUUGUGUUCAAUACGAAUUCGGUAGUGAUAAUUACUGGGAGUGUGCUAUAAGGACAGUUACUUCGACACUGCAUCAUCAAAUUGCAACUUGUAAAAUGGGACCAGCAUGGGAUCCUGAUGCAGUAGUGGAUCCUGAACUUCGAGUGUAUGGCGUGAAUAACUUACGUGUCGUAGACAGCAGUGUGAUCCCAAGGACCAUAGUGGCACAUACAAACGCACCCGCGAUUAUGAUUGGGGAAAAAGCUGCAGAUAUGAUUAAACGAAGUUGGGGAAUGGUUUCGUAAUAUUUAUAUUAAUUAGGGUUCGAAAUUAUGAACAUAUUUAUUUUCCUUGAUAAUUAUCUGAUAAUAUAUCCAGUAAUUAUCCAUGCCGAUUAAUCGUCAUGUCUCUUUAAUUUUUAACAAACAGAGAGAAAAUUAAAUAAACAUGAAUAAAAAUCUGCGGGGAAAACAAGUUGGUUUCUGACUUUUUGAGAUUGACAUUUGACACAUUUUGAUACAUCUCUGAUACAAACACAUGGCACAGACAUUGAUUGCUAGCAAUAGCAUUUUGCUUAUCUCAUCAAUUUUAUAAAUAUCAAGGUAUAACUAUAACAAAGAUAAUUAUCAAUUAUCAACAAUAACUUAACACUUUGAACCCUGAUAUUAUAUUA